ACGUGGCAAGGAUCAACUCCCCCAUACAGACUGAAGAUCAGAAGACGGAGCAAGUCAGAAGUUUUCUAGUUGAGUUCUUCCCACUUGCUUCUACUCCAAUUUUUCCGAUUCUUGCAGUCUCUGCACUGUUUGAGAUGGUUGUGCGUUUUUGUUACCCAAAUCAAAAAUUAAGACUAAAGAGUUCGUCUUGUGAUAAACUCGUCGAAAGUAUUAUCCAGCAGCUGCCUGGGCCGUUCCACACAAGAAUACUGGUCACUUUGAGACAAACCAGCCGUUUGCUAGAGGACUUCUAUAUUUUCGAAAUGAAGUCAAUUGGGUCGAGGUACCAAGAUAGUGCAGGCUAUGGCAUCAGUUCACAACGAAUACAGCCUGGUGAUAUCAUGAUACCUCUCUGGAAUAUGAACUGGAAGGAUGAAAGGUUCAUGUCUGACAUGAAGGGAUAUCUGUACUUACGCACAAAAACCAUGCUUGUAGUAAGACGUACUCAAGGGCAAUCUUCAGAAGAACCUGUCUUUAUACCGGGAGGGAAGCAGCAGGUUGAAACUGGUCGGAUUGUGGGUUGGGCUGUAUGUGUUCUCUUAAAGCACAAAUCCGCCUUUGGAUAUGAUCUAUCCGUCGAUACGAUGUGGGAUGACGACUCAGACGGAGAGCAGCAGUGUUCAAUGCGGUUAAUCUAGUAUUUGGUUGUAAUGCGAUUACUCAAGGUGGUUAAGGAAGAAAUAUAAGAGGGGGUAUAGGAAUCAACCGCGAUUAGCAUCAUGAUGCUUAGAAGAACGCUCUCUUGAAUGAGGCCUCCUUCGAGAUCGAAGGAUUCACUCCCUAUCAAACCCUAUAUCAUCAAAUAUUUGGCCAUUUCGUCCGCGUGACCUCCAGCUGAGCGAAUCAAUCGAU